CGCUGACUUGCCUUCCAGCUUGUAGCUUGAUAGCUGCCUGGUGUUGGUUGGAUGGAAGAGCCCCCUGGCUGAUCGUCAUCGUCUCUGCGACUUCUGGCUGAAAUUAGAGCGAGAUAGCACCUGCUGCCGGCGUCGGUGUUGAUAACGUCCGUCCGUAGUGACUCUGGAGCUCCGAUCGUCACUUUUGUUCAGUAUUUAAGAAAUCUUGUCCCAGUGAAGGUUAGUCGGUCAGCGUCCGAAGGGCCUAAAGGGAGCAAACCGAACGGAAUCCCCUAAGGGAAGUUUCGAUUUAGUCGGUGUGGUGCGAUCGAGACCUUAAAGUUAAUAGAAAAAUUCAGCUUUCAACCAAAAUGAUCCUCUAAAAAGUGCCAAAAAGACCGUUUCAACGGAAUCUUUCAACGAAAAGUGUAUAGUUCUAACACGUGUCUAAGUGCCCGUUGUUUGUUUUUACCAUAAAAUAAAAUUUCCCAGCUUAAGUGCCAUUGAUUAGUUCAUAAUGUCUACCGAAAGAGUAUCCAGAAUAAGCCGAGUAGUAGCAUUGAGUGGGCUUUUGUGUGUGCUAAUAAUACGAAAUGUAGCUGAUGCUGCCGUAUUCAAAUCUCCGAAUAGCGACGAUGCCCUAUUCUGGAGGAAAAACGCCGAAUCUCAUCUGAAAAAGGUGCUCCACUACGGAGAAAACAGCAAAACGGGGGCCGGAGUAGCCCGGAACGUGAUCAUCUUCGUGGGCGAUGGCAUGGGAGUGGCAUCGCUAUCGACCGGUCGCAUUUACAAGGGCCAGUUGGCCAACAACUCCGGCGAAGAAGAAGUGUUGGCUUUUGAUAGCUUCCCGUAUACUGGGUUUUCCAAAACUUAUAACACCGAUCGGCAGGUUCCGGAUUCGGCCGGGACGGCAACGGCCAUGUUUACCGGGGUGAAGACUAAUUAUGGUUCUAUCGGGGUGGAUAGCUCAUCGGUAGAAACCAAUACUCCGGAAGCGAGUGUUUCCAAUUUGAUGGAAUGGGCUCAGUCUGCCGGGAAACGGACUGGGAUCGUUACGACGACUAGAGUUACGCAUGCGACUCCUGCCGCUUCUUAUGCGCACAUUUUUCACCGUGAUUGGGAAUGCGAUACGUUGGUGCCGCCGCAUCUGAAGACCAAUACCAAAGAUAUUACCCGCCAGUUAGUGGAGAAUGAACCGGGUAAUAAGCUACAUGUGAUCCUCGGGGGUGGUCGAGACACUUUUGGAGCACGGAUCCCUGAGCAGUUGAAGAACAAGAUCGUGUUUAAUGGGUCCAUGGAGAAGACGUGUAUUCGGCAGGACGGUCGGGACAUGGUUAAGGAAUGGUUGAACAGCAAAAACGGAACCAAAGUGGAGUAUGUCUGGAAUACAGCUCAGCUGAACAACGUCGAAGUCGAUGAGGUAGACUAUUUGCUGGGACUGUUUGCCGAUACGCACAUGUCCUACGAGAAAGUGAGGGACAAAGGGGAAGGAGGUGAACCAUCGUUGGCUGAGAUGACCGAAAAAGCUUUGCGGGUUUUGAAACGGAAGAAUUCCAACGGAUACGUGCUACUGGUAGAAGGUGGUCGAAUCGAUCAUGGUCAUCACCAGAAUAACCCUAAGUUAGCCUUGAUGGAAGUUGUUGAGCUUGAUCGGGCCGUUGAGAAAGCCUUGGGAAUGGUUGAUCUCGAAGAUACUCUCGUCAUAGUGACGGCAGAUCAUUCUCAUGCGAUGACCUUCAACGGGUAUCCGGAUCGGGGAAAUGAUAUUCUAGGUUUCGGAAACCGUCCGGGAAAAACUCCCUAUGAAACGAUCACCUACGCCAAUGGGCCCGGAUACUUCACACAUAAAUCCAACAGUAGUGAAGAAGCCUCGAAAGAUUUUGGCACCUGGAUCCCGAUUACAAGUAUGAAUCGUACGGAUAUCACUUACCAGCACAUGGCCGCCCUACCACUGAAAGAUGAAACCCACGGUGGGGAGGAUGUGGCAGUUUUUGCCGCGGGUCCAGGAGCCAGUCUAGUUCGGGGCACCUUCGAACAGAACUACAUAGCCUACGUGAUGAGCUAUGCGGGCUGUAUGGGUCCGGCCAAGGGUUUCAAUGUGCAGUGUGGUCCGGGAGGUCGGGUGCCAUCAUCUUCCGGUGUUCGACCGAUGUUUGUUCACGGUGGAGGAGUUCCUAGACUUUCGCAGUUGUUUGUCAGUAUUUUGUUUGUGGCGGUAGCGAAGAUGCUGUACCGUCGUUAGUUGAUGUUUUAUGUUUGUAGAAAAAAUUGUUAAAACUUUGAUACUAAGAAGAAUUUUUAAUUUAA